AUGGCGGCGGCAGGCAGACCACCAAUGGAGAACGGGGACUCGCGCGUGCGCGCGGGGAAUGAUGGGAACGACGCCGAAUCUCGCUUCUCUCCUCUUCCUCCCUGUGCCCACUGUCGGCCCGACAUUCUCUUCGGAAUCCCCAGGAUCCGGGGCCUCCUCGGCCCCCUGAGUGACUGUCCCUUGGCUCGGGCUUCCAGCUUUAAGAAGGCUAGCGUGGCAUCAACUUCAAGCCAACGAAAGCGGAUGAGCUCCAAGCCUGACAUCAAUGAUGAGCAGAAACAGGAAAUCCGUGAAGCUUUUGAUCUCUUUGAUACAGAUGGGACUGGCACCAUCGAUGUCAAAGAGCUUAAGGUGGCAAUGCGGGCCCUGGGCUUUGAGCCCAGGAAAGAAGAGAUCAAGAAAAUGAUCACUGAGAUUGAUAAGGAAGGUACAGGAAAAAUGAACUUCAAUGACUUUUUGACGGUGAUGACUAAGAAGAUGUCUGAGAAAGAUACCAAAGAAGAAAUCCUGAAAGCUUUCAAGCUCUUUGAUGACGAUGAAACUGGCAAGAUCUCUUUCAAAAAUCUGAAACGCGUGGCCAAGGAGUUGGGCGAGAACCUCACUGAUGAGGAACUGCAGGAAAUGAUUGAUGAGGCGGAUCGAGACGGUGACGGUGAAGUUAGUGAGCAAGAGUUCCUGCGCAUCAUGAAGAAGACGAGCCUUUACUAA